CUGAGUUUGCCGUUUUCAAAGGCUAUAGAGUUAGUUACAAAGGCAACUGAAGAGGACAAGAAGAAGAACUAUCAAGAGGCUCUACGACUUUAUGAGCACGGGGUUGACUAUUUUUUACAUGCUAUCAAAUAUGAAGCGCAGAGUGAAAAACAAAAAGAGACUAUUCGUCAGCGUUGUACUCAGUAUCUGGAUCGGGCGGAAAAAGUGAAAGACUUUCUUAAGAGUGGUGGUAAUAAGAAAAAAGCGAUAAAGGACAGUUCUGACUCUGAUUCCGAGAAAGAUAGUGAAAAUAAAAAACUGCAAGAAAGGCUGUCAGGCGCGAUUAUAAUGGAAAAGCCGAACGUUAGGUGGGAUGAUAUUGCCGGUUUGGAAGGUGCGAAAGAGGCUUUAAAGGAAGCAGUAAUUUUGCCGAUCAAGUUUCCGCAAUUGUUCACAGGAAACCGUAAGCCAUGGCGUGGUAUUCUCUUAUUUGGUCCACCGGGUACUGGGAAGUCUUAUAUCGCGAAAGCUGUAGCGACAGAAGCGAACAAUUCAACAUUUUUUUCUGUGUCGUCGUCAGAUCUUAUGUCAAAAUGGCUUGGAGAAUCAGAAAGGCUGGUUAAACAGUUGUUUGAAAUGGCACGCGAACAUAAGCCCUCAAUAAUCUUUAUCGACGAAAUUGAUUCCUUAUGUUCUUCGAGAUCGGACACAGAGAGUGAGUCUGCACGUCGUAUAAAAACUGAAUUCUUAGUACAAAUGCAAGGUGUUGGGAAUGACAUGGAAGGCAUAUUGGUACUUGGUGCUACCAACAUUCCUUGGGUACUUGAUGCAGCUAUUCGCCGUCGCUUUGAAAAAAGGAUUUACAUCCCAUUACCAGAGGCUAACGCUCGUAGGGAUAUGUUCAAGUUACAUAUUGGCAAGCACAUUAAUCACUCUUUAACUGAAGAAGAUUUUAAGUCUUUGGGUGAACGAACUGAAGGUUUUUCUGGAUACGAUAUAUCAAUUGUGGUACGUGAAGCAUUAAUGCAACCAGUGCGUAAGGUUCAGACUGCAACACAUUUCAAAUAUGUUACCGGCCCUUCGAGAACAGAUCCACAUGUUAUGGUUCAUGACCUUCUCACUCCUUGUUCACCAGGCGAUGCCGGCGCUGUGCCCAUGUCUUUUAUGGAUGUUCCAAGCGACAAGCUUAUUGAACCUGUCCUUUCUAUGAAUGAUAUGGUUUUGUCCCUAAUGAAUACAAAACCUACGGUGAACAAGGCAGAUUUGGACAAACUUUUACAGUUUACCAAGGAUUUUGGCCAGGAAGGAUGA